AACACCGCUGUCCCCAGUCUUCGCUGGGACGGCCCCGCAUCCUGUAGGUCUAGGAUGAACUGUCGUGUUUUUCAGAGAGGUUAUUCUUCUUUGUAGAGUGCACUCGAUCUGUGCAUUUAUUUGCCUACUACUUAGACCAUAAGCCGCCUGGGGCCGUGUGGUGUUCUGUGUGCCCGGCAGCCAUCCCAGCACUGGCAGACACCAGACGGUCCACGAUGACGGGCGGAGUGAGUAAAUCUCACAGUUGCCACGGCGAUCGCCAUCAGCUCUCCGUGGUAACGACUCUGAUCAUUCAUGUAACCACUUUAGGCUCCUGGGAGGUACUGAGUAACUGUUUUUUUGAAUUGAAUUGAGAUAUCUAAAUGUCAAUAUCUUAAGCAUUCAUUCAUUCAUACAAUUAUUUUUUAUUACCUUUAUGUUUCUUUACACAUGUAGUCCUCUGUGGCUUUCAGACCUGUAGUCUUUCUGUUCUUAUUAGUCCUCUCACAACAACAAAGACAUUUUACCAAAAUGUGUCUUUUGGGGGGAUUCCCCUUUUCUAACUUAAAAAUGUCACUGAACAUUAGUUCACUGGUUUACAGCUAGUAAUAAAUUCUGAUCAGUGUCAAUAUAAGUUCCAUAGGAUACUCAGUGAUUUUUAGUUGUUUUGUAUACUUGGUAUCCCCAGGGAUAGAUUAGUUACACCAGCCUCAGGUUACAGAGGGCAGCCUUGAAAUACUGAGUGGAAGCUCGGGUUCUGGAUUCUAUAACGUUUGGGGCUUACACCCCGCCCCGCUCGGCAAGGUUCUCCAAAAACCUUCCUAACCCCCCAAAGAAUUCAAGCCUUGGAAUACCACUCAAUUGUGCUAGAACUGAAUCUUAACCAUUUAGGACCCGCUGGCUUUUUGACUGUGUGGGUUUUUCCAAUAUCGGCUCAGAAUCAUAGCCCCAUGCACUUCGGAUCCCCUUGCCUGCGCCCCUUGGCGCCUGUGAGCAAGACACAACAGCAAAAAGAUGAUGAUUUUGUAUGUUGCAUUGUCACCAAUGGGGAAAAAAAAAAGCCCAAAGAUGACAAAUAAAAUGCGAUUUCGAAAAAGAAAAACCAGUUUAAAAAAAUUGUUGUUGUUUAUACCACCAAAGCAUUUUUGGAAACCCAAACGGGGAGAGAAGUGUUUCUGAAGAACCCGUAGCAGCGCAGCGUCGCGGCGAUUCGCAGCCCGUGGCCGCUCGCUUUUAACUCCCGUGACCUCCGCAUCCUAGGCCGCAUCCCGCCAGGGCCCGGUGCCUCGGCUGGGACUAUGCAGCGCCCCCUCCGCUCCUCCCGCGCCCCGCGCCGCCCCCCGCCCCCCUGCGCCGCGCAUUGUUGUCCUUUAGUGAUUGGCUGUUGGACCAGAAACAGCUGUGCCGAGCCGAGCUCUGUAUGUAGCCGAGCCGUGGACCCGAAUGCAGGUUGGCGGGAGGGUAGUGACGCUCACCAGGGGCUCCAGGAGAGAGGAAGAGCCAGGCCACCUCCACUGCGCUUGCCAGCGGCACAGACCGGGUACCCAGGCGUUUGAGGCUUUUGGAGGAGCUCCGGGUGGCGCCCCCUGCCCGGGCCCUCGCCGACUGCGGGCUUGGCGCAGGUGGGCAGAGCGGGGCACCGCAGAUCUGUCCGUUCCCACAGAGGGAUUUCUCUCCCUCUCUGUGAGGGGGAGGGACCAUCCUGAAAAUAUGUAAAUAUCCAAGCGCUGGCUCCAGGCCGUGGCGCCUGCCAAGGUCCCAGCGCCGCCGCAGGGUGUUUCACAAGACAAGGAGAAGCCUGCCGGGAUCUGUGCUCUAACGCGAGGCAGCUUGGUGAUUGGCGAGCCUGGGCGGCUGCCCUGCUUCCUGCCCUUCAAUAGCCAUUCCGCGCGCUGGCUACCAGGCGGCGGUGCCGCCGCGCGGUGUCGAUCGACCGUCAGGCUCCGCAUCAUCCUUGGCAGCCAUGGCUCCCGUCGCCGCCUCGGCCAGUAAGUAGGAGCAUGCAUGUGCAGGGGGCACAUGCGUGUCGGGGCAUACAUGCGCGCGCGCGCACUCAUACACGCGCGCGCGCAGGCACGCACACCACCUUAAGCCUGGGAAGGAGCAAGAUUGACUAGACGCUGCAGCCGCGAGGACGACUCCCGCUCCUUGGAUCCGGCAGAGCCCGCCCGCCGCAGCUGCUGUCCGCAGAGCUUGCUCGGAUCUCCGUGCACACGCGUCCCCCCUUCCUGCCUCUGUAAUGAAGACUGCCUCCCAGGGACUGCAGGGGAGGCAGGGCCCGCCUGCGCCCGGGACUGCGGGCCGCGCGGCUGGUAGGCCCAGGGGGACCCGACUUGGACGCUGUCAUCCCCACGCCUUGCGCUGAGCCGCCCCUCCGGCUUCCCGGGUGCCUGAUCCCGGGUCAGCCCCAGAGGCCUCGGCUCCCUCAUUUGUUUGGGUCUUUUGUGCCGGGGCUCACAGUUGGCUAAGCACUCCUGCGCUGAAUCGGGCCAUUGUCUGCGCUCCCAUUGCUUUCACACUGCAAGUCUCGGCGCCCCCACCCCGCCCUCCCCUCCCCGCCUCCUCCUGGCCGGGGAGCCUCCUAACGUGCCUUUCCCCCCAGGAAUCUGGAAGCUAUAAGCCGGGCGGAUUGCAAAUGAAGUGUAAUGCAUUGUGGGACGUGUGUAAAAUCGGAGCCUUCGCUGUGGUGGGGUGUGGGGGCGUGGGGAGGGCCGGACCCGCCGCUGGCGGUGUAGACGCCGACGAGGAGGGGCUGGGAAAAUGCGCGCAGAGUGCGCCCAGGUCGUGCCCACCGUAGACGGAUGAAGCCGCGCACUGCGCCCCGGCGCUGAGGCCCGAGGAUCGGGGCAGCAGGUCGCCCUCCCCACCAUGAAGAAGACCCGGAGCACAACCUUGCGGCGAGCCUGGCCUAGCUCGGAUUUCUCGGACCGGGCCUCGGACCGCAUGAGGUCCCGCAGCGAGAAGGACUACCGCCUGCACAAACGCUUCCCCGCGGCCUUCGCGCCCCAGGCUUCGCGGGGCUACAUGACAUCAGGUGAUGUGUCACCCAUCAGUAUGUCUCCCAUCAGUCAGUCUCAGUUUAUUCCGCUCGGGGAGAUCCUUUGCUUGGCCAUCUCAGCGAUGAACUCGGCGCGCAAACCUGUCACCCAAGAAGCACUGAUGGAGCACCUGACCACGUGCUUCCCAGGUGUCCCCACCCCAAGCCAGGACAUCCUGCGGCACACGCUGAGCACGCUGGUGCGGGAGAGGAAGAUCUACCCGACCCCGGACGGCUACUUCAUCGUGACCCCGCAGACCUACUUCAUCACGCCCUCCCUCAUAAGAACUAACAGUAAGUGGUACCAUUUGGACGAGAGGAUACCUGACAGGUCUCAGUGCACCUCCCCACAACCCGGAACCAUCACGCCCUCCGCCUCGGGCUGCGUCAGGGAAAGGACAUUACCCAGAAACCACUGCGACUCCUGCCACUGCUGCCGAGAAGACAUGCACAGCAUGCACGCGUCCACUCUGCAGAGGAAGCCCGCCAAGGACUGCAAAGACCCCUACUGCCCUCCUCCCCUCUGCCAGGUGCCCCCCACCGAAAAGAGCAAAAGUACUGUAAACUUCUCCUACAAGACAGACACUCUCUCCAAACCGAAGGACAGCGAAAAGCAGUCCAAGAAGUUUGGGCUCAAGUUAUUCCGGCUGAGCUUCAAGAAGGACAAGACCAAGCAGCUAGCCAAUUUCUCCGCCCAGUUCCCUCCCGAGGAGUGGCCGCUGCGCGACGAGGACACGCCGACCACCAUCCCUCGGGAGGUGGAGAUGGAGAUCAUUCGGCGCAUCAACCCGGACUUGACCGUGGAGAACGUCAUGAGGCACACCGCACUAAUGAAGAAGCUGGAGGAGGAAAAGGCGCACAGGAGCAAAGCCGGGUCCUCCGCCCACCACAGCGGGAGGAGUAAAAAGAGCAGGACUCACCGCAAGUCCCACGGGAAGUCCCGGUCGCACAGCAAGACGCGGGUCUCUAAAGGGGACCCGUCGGAAGGCUCCCACCUGGACGUCCCAGGCGACAGAGAGUAUGACUUCUGCGACCCCCUCACCAGGGCCCCCAGGGAGGGCUGCUUCAUCAUCGAACACAAAGGAGAGAACUUCAUCAUGCACAGCAACGCCAACGUGAUCGAGCCUCACUUCCCCAUGACGCCGGAAUGGGACGUGUCGGGGGAGCUGGCCAAGAGGAGGACUGAGAUGCCUUUUCCCGAACCUUCCAGGGGGAGCUCCCACUCGAAAGUGCACCGAAGCCACAGCCAUACCCAGGACCGGCGGUCCAGGAACGAGAGGUCCAGCAAAGCCAAGGAGCGGUCCAGGUCCAUGGACAACUCCAAAGGCCCACUGGGCGCCUCCUCCCUGGGGACGCCGGACGACCUGGCCGAAGGCUGCAGCCAGGACGACCAGACGCCCAUCCAGUCCUACAUCGACGACAGUACUCUGAGGCCUGCGCAGACCGCCGGCCAUCAAAGGGCUCACCUUUUGUCCACCAGCUAUAAAGAGGUGUGUCUUCCAGAAAAAGUCGGUGGCGGCAAGGAACCCUCCAGCGCCUGUAGCCUCUUGGAGCCGGGCAAACCGCCCGAGAGCCUGCCGCCCUUCGGCGAGCUCAACUCCUGUCCGACGAAAGCAGCCACGGACGACUAUUUCCAGUGCAACACCUCCGGCGAGACAGUGCUCACGGCGCCGGCGCCUCUGGGGAAGAGCAAAGAGGACCAUGACGCUCUGGCCCUGGCAGAAGGCGUGAAGAAGCUGCCCCUCUCCGAUAGGCCGGCCCCACACCCCUCCAGGGAGCCUGUGGGGCACAAGGAGGAGUCGCCCAAGGGGCCCGGCGGGGGCCCGGCCACCCCCGGUGCCAUGGCCGAAGGGAUGGCCAACGGGCGCCUCCUGCAGCACCACGGCGCCGAGCCCAGCAGCCUGGACAAGAGGAAAGAGAUAUUCAGCAAAGACACGCUGUUCAAGCCUCUCCACAGCACCCUGUCUGUCAACAGCUAUCACAAGCCCAGCCUGUCCCUCCUCAAAUCUCACCCGAAGACACCUGCCGACGCACUGCCAGGCCGCUGCGAGAAGCUGGAGCCGUCACCCCUGGGGAGCUCGGGGGCCCAAGUGCUGCCGGCCCUCCAGCGCCAGCAGGAGCCCGGCGGGAACCAGGAGGCCUCGUUUGACUAUUACAACGUCUCCGACGACGACGACUCCGAGGAAGGGGCCAACAAGACCGCCGAGGAGGAGAAGAACAGGGACGACGUGGGCACCAUGCAGUGGCUCCUGGAGCGGGAGAAGGAAAGGGACUUGCAGAGGAAAUUCGAGAAGAACCUCACCCUCCUCGCCCCCAAAGAAAGCGACAGCGGCAGCCACCAGAGGACCACCCAUUCGGCACGCCUGGACAGCAUGGACAGCAGCAGCAUCACUGUGGACAGCGGAUUCAACUCCCCACGCACUCGGGAGAGCCUGGCUUCCAACACGUCAAGCAUUGUGGAAAGUAACCGUCGGCAGAACCCCACCUUGAGCCCGGCCCACGGUGGAGCCGGCCCGGCCUUCAGCUUCCGCGCGAGCACAGACGCCCCGACCAGCGACGCGGAGAAGCUGCAGAAGCCUUCCAGCUGCUUGCAGGCUUCGGUGACUAGCGUGUGAGGGCCGUCCCGCCUCCGAUCUCCUGUCUCGUCCGAUGCAGCCACGUUUACGACACUGGGACUGAUGUUUACAUCUUCGGGAAGACAAGCAUCUCAACCGCAGUUUUCGUGUUUACUUAAACUGUGCUGCUAAGUAGGCUAGAGCGAACACACACGUCUUUCUUUCAGAGUACUGCUUCUCACAUGUAUGGCUCUGUAGCAGCAGAAUAGCAGUAGGGGUGAUGUGUACACUUUUGCUUCACUAACUGUACCCGAGCACCCAUAGGAGCGUCUAGAUGCUGUCAGUGUGAUGCGCAUUUUCGAUGUCAUGCAGUUUGCCAGUUCCACGUUUCGAUGCCACAGGUGCGCGCGUAGCCCGGGUCCGUGGGCAGACGGUGCCGCAGAACUGAUUCUUGACACUUCCCCCAAACACAACAACAGCAACAGCAAAACAACACUAAGCCACCACCAAACGUCCAAGGCAAGGGCCCACCGCGAGGGCCGCCAGGGCCACCCUGCCGGGAAGGGACCCCAGCCCUCCGUGUGUGAAGCGUGUAGGCACCUGUCAUGUGUCACUGUGAGUGUGCGUGAAGCGGCUCUGCGGGCGCACGGGGGAGCGUGUCGGGAGGGCCGUGACGGCCGCGCCGGGAGUGUGUGUGUGUGUGUGUGUGUGUGCCGGAGUUUGUGUUUAAGGUCACAGAUGCUUGUCUGAGUUUGAACCUUCCGUCAUUGCCCACAGGAAUAGAUAGGCCUCUGAAUCUGGAGUGGAUAAAAAGGAAGGGGCCCCCAGCCUGGCGGGGGCGCAGCGCUCAGUGGCGGGAGAGGUCGUGCGGACUUCUGAGCGGUGUCCGUCAGAGAUGUAAGGGGGAGUGCCUCCUCUUUGGGGUACUUGCAGAGAUCCUAGCUUACGAGAAUAGAUGCGGUAAUUAGUUUGUUGAAAAGCAAAAUGUUCUUUGUGAUACAAAUGAAGAGUACGGCCUGGGGAUGUUAUUCUUUCUAAUGGAAGGACAUAAAUCUAUUUUAUGUAGUUUUAAAUAGAAUGCCUAAAUUAGGCUGUGGGAGAGAAUUUUUAGUGGUUAGAGGAAAGAGCAGAUUUAGGGAAAGUUGAACUUCAGGCCUUUUAUUCCUGGGAAGAUAUCUAUAGAGAAAACUUUAACGUAACUUUUGACCAGAAAUAGACACGUGCCCGUGUAGUUAACAACAGAAUGUGCUCAUUCUGCAAGCAGUGGUAUAAUUCUAACUUGUACUCCCCCAAAAUUGACCAGAAUGACAAUUAUGCAUACAUGAACUAUGCCAGAGUAAUGUUUACAGAUACUUUGUAACCAAUUUCAGGAGGCAUUUUUAGGUGGCUGUAUGGUUAUUAGCCCAACGUAUUUCAAAACGGCCUGUUAACAUGUGGCUUUACUUCACACUGUCACAUUGAAUACCAAGAAGCCAGUCAGCAGUGGAGGGACGACAAAUCAGCUUCGGCCUUCUAGGAGAGAGACUUUCCAAAGUCCCCUUGUUUCACUUUACGAGAACAGCAGAAUGAAUCCGGAGAGAAUGGAAAACUAUUCGCAAAAGGGUUACCUAGGACACGAGUAGAUGGUCUGACCACAAGUUUAUUUAGUUUCGUGGCACGUGACGUUUGGAACCAUAUACCGUAAAGUACAGCUCCAAAAAUAAAUCUGAAAUGUCCCUUCCUCAGAUUUCGAUCAACGGCAUAAAAUCUGCGGAACCCCUCUGCCCCUGUAUGAGGUUCAGCCCUGGCGACCUGUUUAAAGAAUGCAGUCGUGUACCUUUGCUUUAUCAGACAUCUGGAAGGGGCACGAGAGACUGGACGUGUGGAGUUCGGGGCAGGCUCAUUUCGUGUGCUUAGAGCGACCCCGCGGCCCGCUGCUUGGUAAACUCCCACACCACUGAAAUGCGUAAGUCAGCUGGCGAGCAGUGUCAUGCCUUAUUUCCUCCAAGGCAUGCCUUGAUUGCUCAGAAAUGCGCUAUUGUCUCACUGCUCAAAUAUGUCCAGAUCUGCUUAAACAUCUCUUAGAUAACAUAUCUGAGAGACUAGAUUCAGAGUCUGUUUCCUUGGGGAGUUGUAUACCAUACAGUUACUAAAUUCUUCUGUCUAAAUUCGUUCCCCUCCCCCCCAAAACCUGCUCUCGAGUGUUUAUCAUGCUAUCAGUUCAUAAAUAAUAUAACCAUUGAAACAGCUCAUCAGCCUCCAGUUGAUCCUCUGAAAGUAGCCAUUAUAAUAAUCAAAUGCUGUGCGAACAGGAAAGGAAAGCAUUACCUUUAGAAGCUUUAAAAUAGGAAUUCAUCAAUAUUUCACAAGAAGUAGGUUUACAGACGUUAUUCAAAUGAAACGUGUACACUGUUUGCCUGAUGCUAUUGGGCACGUGAUUUGAAGAAGGAAAAAAAAAAAAAAGAAUUCCCUCAGACCAGCAGCCAUUAGCAUAGAAACAAUGGACUUCGAAGAUGAUACCAUGUAAGCAGACGUUCCCUGUAGAAAGAGCCUCCGCUGAUCUAUCUGGGGUUCCCGAGUGGGGAAGGAGGGUGGCAGGAGGUGCAUCACAAACGUCACCCGAGACGGUCUGUGGUGAGGUUCUCAGUGACCCAGCCCUCGGGCCACUCCCAGCUUCGCCGACAUCCUUGUCCUCCCGUGAAAGGAGAGCCUUGUGCUACACGGAUGCUUAGCUGGCCCCCACUUAGAGCGUAUCACCUGAAAGGUUUACAGAACUGAAUCUGGACGAAUCUCUGUGUAGCGUUCAACUUGAAAGGGUCAACCCAUCUGUCAGCAUUUUGCACACUUAUGUAUUAUUAUGAUACAGCAUAUUACUUUAUGGUAAUUUUUAUUUUUACAUAUAACUACCUCCAUAAAUUCGAUGAAGUGGCCGCAGUGCGUUGAAGUGUGUUGUUCAGAAAAGCGAAGUUUAAGGCUCGCGUGUCGUUAGGCCACGGCGUGCUGCGUGCGUGUCGGCGAUUGUCUGCGUGGACUUGUGACCUCUUCGUGGCCACGGUUUCCUUUGACGGCAUUGUUUCACCUUCAGAUGCACACCCGUCUCCCCUCUCUUGCCCACAGAGGCGCACUUGACUUCGUUAUGAGUGAUAGGGAGUUUCAGUUUCUUGUCUCCCCCUCUCCCCAUCCCGGUUCCCGCCAAAAGUUCCCCCUGGCGAAGAGCCAAUUGGUAGACAUAACCUGGCGAGCUAUUGGCUUCUGGAAAACUCCGAUGUCAGUCCUAGAAUCUCAGUAGCAGACGACACACAGGAAAUCUGGACUGCCCCCUGUGGAGCACUUUGGUCCUCUCCGCCCCCACGCGCGUGCCCCCACAGCAGACCCGCACCCCACUCCAGUGAUCAGAGCUGUGCUGUGUAGUCGCAACUCCUGUUACGUAGUUGGCGUUCCACUCUGUGUCUUUUGCACACCUCAGGGGACCUUGGUGAGCAUGUGAAAAGGCGGGGGAGGCUAGCAAAUCGAGAAAAUAAAUCGGAGGGCGGAAAGGGGACUAGCUGGAGAAAGAAAACAAACCAUUGCUUCUCUGACCUUGGGAAGCUCAAGGUCAGGAAGCAGAAAUUGAAAGUGAACCUGGAGUAACAAUGAUCUGAACACCAGCUGUUCCCAAAUCUCCCUUUUCCAUAACCCAGCCAGCUUUUCUAAAAUGCGAGUUUCAAUUAUAUUGCAGUCACCUUGGGAACAAAAAAAAAAAAAAGAAAAGAAAAGAAAACAACUCUUCAAUGGAAACAAAAGUUCCUUUUUUUUUUUUUUAGGUUGGCACAGCUUUGCAAAAUUUCUACCCAGGAUAAACCACUUACCACCACAAAGUGUACUUGAAAAUAAAGUUUUUAAUUUCAGUGAUAGGCCUAUUGCUCGCAAUACAAUAGUGAUCACAUUUGGAAAAGUCUCAUUGUUUAUAACGUGGGCAGUAUUUGGCGCUUGGUUCAAAACCAACGACAACCUGUAAUGACUUUACAAGUUCAUUGGGGGACCUCAAAGUGCUUCCAAAGCAUUCAGAUUCGCAAACAACCCACCCAGCAGGUCCGAUUCGUAAUGCCCAAACUUGAAACGCAUGAACAGAAGGAGUGACAAGAUUACCCAGAACACAGCGGCAGCUACCGACGAUCUCUUUUCUAUCUGUUUGAUAGGCCAUCUCGUGAGAAAUCACUCAGUACGAUGCUAUUUUUUCUGAUGUGUGCUAAUAAAGUCAAAGAAAACAAACACAACUUGACACCUUUGUCCAUUUUCAUUCAAAAAGUUCAGGGUGUUUGGAAUUUCACACCCCGGUGCCCCUCCCUGGGUGGAUUCAGGAAGUGGGGGUGGGAGGGGCAACGUGUCCCCUCACGUGCGGUGGUGGUCAGAAGUAGAUCUGGACCUACACCCUGUUCGCAGGUUCACAUCGGGCUUCUGUCACCCCCGCGCUGAAACACCGUCUUUCAGGAACACGAGUGCUCCUGGCAGUGGGAGGUGCUGAGGCAGACGUUCUCACGAGUGCUCUUCACAGUGCUUCUUAGCGCGACAGGAACUCAGGGCCGUUGUCCAGCCCUGCGCUGAGGAACCUGGGUUUCCGAGGGAGCUGAUCUGGUCCUGCGUAUUUUCUCAAAUUAGGAGAUAGAAGAUCCUCAAGGGGCGGCCUUCCGUCUUGCCACAGGCCAGCCAUAGGACCAGCUGGCGGCGUGCUGGCGGUCGACAGUGGACCCCAGCAGAGGUGGCCCUUUCCUUCCCUCUCCCCGGCCCCCAGUCCCGUCCUGCCCACGGUCAAGGCCGCCAGUCCCCUUCUGUUCCUCAGUGACUCUCCUGUGUGCAUUUAGUGCCAGAGAAGCAGGAGGACGGGAGACACAAAUGCAAACACCACGGAAAACACUGUUUCGCUUUGAGGUAGUGAGAUAGGGGCAGGAAAGGGAUCGCCGUCGGUCUGGUCUUCGCCAAGUACGAUAAAAGAGUCCGCCGUCACUCUGUGACCCUCCCAGAAGGGUGUACAGUAUUAAGGCAACACCCAAGAUUUUCCCGGAGAUUUUUGCAUAGGAGACAUUUCAUAACAUGAAACACUCAUGAUUAGAUGUCCUGGUGUGUUUGAGACAGACGGCGGCAUCUCCUGGGUUGCGUUCCGCUCCGCAUCUCUUGCAGCCGCAUCCCAGAGCGCCCCCGGGGGCGGGCCCCCGGCCCGAGACCCCGAGUUUGCACAGUCGUGUUGUCUGUGGCUCCCAGUUGCUGAUCUGCAAGGUUCAGAAUCCCCCAAGGCUCAAAGGGGGGCUCAGCCUCCUUCUUAACGACUGUAUGUUAUCAGUUACCGGGCUUUAAAUUGCUCCUGUUGGCUUCAAAUGCGAACACACACACACACACACACACACACACGCACACACCCUGCCAACAAGGGACGGGGCUGCUGCUUCCCAGGUGAGGCAGUGACGACAGAAAGCCCGUGCAAGGCUAGAAGCUGGGCUGGUCCACAGACCGCCGCCUACCUCCCUGUCCAAAGGUUGACCUUGGCACCCCCCCCACCCCGUUCCUUGGCUCCCACCCGAAAGGGGUACCAAAUCUGAGAUCCGAGAUCUCCUCCGAUAUCAGUCCUCUGCAGUUCCUGGAAACUUAUCAUGAACAAGACACGCUCCGCAGCUCCUCGCCUUCCUGCCCUCCAAGGCCUCUGCCCCCUCCUCCCCGUGUCCCCGCCCAGAUACCGGUCCACCGCCGUGGUUUCCACAUUGGAAGGGCGAAACAGUGUGAGGUAUUGUGCACACGGGCUGGGUUAGCCCCAGCGCUAACCUCGGGCCGCCUUCCUGUAAGUAUCGACAGCUACGAAUUAAGGUCCUUAGAGUAGUUGACAUAGAUACGACUUUCUAGCAGAGAAUUAAAUUUCAGCGUUCAGUUUAAAGGGAUCAUAAUUCUGCAGGUAUCUUUCUCUGAGUGACUGAAUGUGACUAUUGCAUUAGGGUACAUGAAUUAAGAAGUGCAAGUGGGAUUUACUGUAUGUUAGAACGGAGUUUUGCAGCCAAGACUGCCUUGAAAAAAAAUGUGUUUGCACUGAAAAAAAAAUUUAAAUUACUUGGUCUCUGGUUGCUGUAAAGGUCAUCCAAGAUGGAUGUUCUGUUUAUAUUGUAUAGUAUUUCAUAUGAAAUAAUUACAGUUCAUGAAAUGUCUUCCCUAAUGUUACUGAUUUAUAACAGCACAUUUGUAACAUGGUUUUUAUCGUGUCAGUGUGCCAUAUUGUAAAUGAUGAUUACUUGUCAUGCUUAGUAUAAUAACUUAAAAGACAAAAAAAGCACAGGGAUUUUUGUAAGUCUAUAUUUGAAAGUCCCUCCAUAUGGUAAUAUUGUGUUCAUGUUGUUUAUGUAGUGUUGUGUGAAAUAUCCAUUUUGGAUUGUGUUACUUUUUAAGAUAUUAAAUAACAUUUGGUUAUA